AUGUCGAAUCGCGCUUCCGCGAAGAGAUCGCGUCAGCGCCGUCAGGUGCGGCUGGAGGAGCUCGAAAUUCAGUCCGCGAAGCUUAAGAUGGAGAACGCUGCAGUGCAGCGGCGGCUGACCGAAGCAACCGACAAAAUUCGUCGCUUCCAGGAGCAGAACGCGAAUCUGGAACGCGAGCUUAAGCGGCUGCGGAAAGAGCUGGAUGAUUCCAAUGGUGGAAGCAACGCGGGAGCGGCGGGGUCGACUCUGUCGCAAGACAGCAAGCCGUCGUCGCCAGAGAAAGAGUCUGCUCUGUCGUCCCCUCUCACGGCUGUUACGGACGGGCUGGCCGGCGAAGACUCCAAGGGACCGGGAAAGCGGAAGAGAAUGGAGAAGAGCGCGACGGAUGUUAAUGAUUCUCCAGAUGAUUAUUCGGAUCCGGUCCUCCUUCCGGCCGUUAACGGUGUUGUGAAAGCUGAAUCGCUCUUUUUGAGUGAGCAGGGCGAUGUGGGUACGGACGGUGAGGAUGAGUCGGAUUGCCAGCUAUCUGAUUCCACGGCGAUCACACCUGCUGAGGGAGCUGCAGCUGCGCUUCCCGCGGGUGAUGUGAAGGCAAACCCUGUUGCUCCUGCAGGCGGGUAUCAGCUGAUGGGCCGCGACAUGGACGUUGCUGAUGGGGAGUUCUUCGCGACCCUGAUUGAUUGCUUCGACGGAAAGCCCAUGGAGGGAUUGUUUGUGUGA